UUUAGUCUUGAUCAUGUCACUGUAAACUGUAAAGCAUAGAGUUUCUCUGUUUCGACCUGUGGAGUUCGAGCCGGUGUAUCGAGCUUCUCCGGUUUCAUCAUGGAAGUUUAUUAGGACGCCAAACACACAAGAGCUUCAGGACUGCAAGCAAAAGAAGACUGAUGCCAAAUCUGCGCCAGAAUGACACUUCACUGCUGACUUCAGGUCAUUUACUACACACUAUCCUGCAACAAUGUCAUCAUUUCUGCACCCCCACCGGCGAAACAGCAUGGAUGAACCUCUCUCUAUGACAUCACAUCAUGAUGCCACACUAAUGAAUCCAGGUCCACCAGCGCUUUACCAACUAAAAACUGAAAGAAAAUAUAUUCAUGGGACUAAUAGAAAGGUCAGACGAUGGACAUAUGGCCAAAGAGACAGAAACAAACAGAAUAAACUCAUUCUGAUGGUGGGAGAAACCGGCGCUGGGAAAACCACCAUCAUCAACACCAUGAUCAACUACUUACUGGGAGUGAAGUUUGAGGAUCAAGAGUUUUAUCAAAUCACAGAAGAUGAAGAAGAUAUAGAUGAAACACAAUCCCAGACAUCUGAGAUCACUGUUUAUGAGGCGUUUGUUGAAGAAAACCCAACAUCUCUGACCAUCAUUGACACUCCAGGAUUCGGACACACUGAAGGAUUCGAGAAAGACAGAGAGAUUGCUGAGUAUCUGACCAGAUUAUUUUCUGAUGAGGAUGGGAUUCAUUACAUUGAUGCAGUGUGUUUUGUGAUGAAGGCGUCUCAGAAUCGAAUCUCUGGAAAAGAGCUUUACAUAUUUCACUCAGUUCUGUCUCUGUUUGGUAGAGAUAUAGAGGAGAACAUAGUGUUUCUGCUCACACAGUCAGAUGGGCGACGUUCAACAGAUGCUCUCAAACUCAUUAAAAAAGCACAGAUUCCCUGCAGAAGAGAAGUGAAAAAACGAACUGUUCACUUCUUAUUCAAUAACCAGCAGAAAGAAAAGAGAGACAAACAAUAUGAGGAAACACUCAGAUCAUCAUGGGAAAUGGCAGAGCAAAGCAUGAAUGACUUCCUCAAACUCCUGGAAGAAAAGAACAGAAAAAGUGUUGAGAUGACAUUAGAUGUUCUGAAAGAGCGAAGACGACUCGAGGCCUGUGUCUCUAAUCUGACGCAGCGAAUCUCUGAGAAGGAGUCAACAAUGAAAGAACUGACUGAGAUUCAGGAAGCUGUCAAAGAGAACAGAGACAAGAUUGAGCAAUGCGAAAAAUUUCAGUUUACAGUCACAACAGCUGUCAAAGAAAAAGUCCCCCUUGUAAAUGAAUGGUUGUGGAACAGCUACGCAACCUGUUGCUCCGUCUGUGAGGAAAACUGUCAUGAGUGGGAGUGCUGGGUGCCGAAAGAUCCCUCAUGGUGUGCAGUCAUGAAAAACAACCACUGCACUGUGUGUACUGGAAAGUGUCAUUACAGCAAACAUGUCAGAGAAAAUAAAAAAUAUGUGAUAGAAACAAAGACAGUCACUAUGACAUUUAUUGAGCUUAAAAAGGAGUAUGAACGCACUGGUAAAAAGCCUAAAACCAGAUUUGAUAAAAGAAUAUUUGAAAAUAUUACAAAGGAACAUAAAAGAAACAUGAAAGAGUCUGAGAAUAAAAGAAAAACAGAAGAUAAACUGAAGAGCGAUCUCGAGAAGAUUCAAAAUGAAACAUCCAGACUGCUGCAUGAAGCUUAUACGGCCAUCAUGAGUCUGUGUAAGAUCGCACUGAAAGCCGACAGCGCUUUCACUCUUCUACAUCUGGAUUUCCUGAUUCCCAGACUGAAGGAGGAGGGAAAAGAUGAAUGGAUGAAGAACCUGGAGGAUCUGAGGAAAGCUGGAGAAGAAAGGAAAAACAAGGGGGCUUUACGCUAUGUGAUGAAUUUCACUGGGCAAAAAUUUAAGCAACUUGACAAUCGUGUAACUGGAGCAAUGGCAUCGUCCACUCGUCACCACCGGCGCAAAAGCUUGGAUGAACCUCCCGAAAUAAUAGCUGGAGUUAUUCGUCUCAAAGAUGAGUUUAUCGACCUCUAUGAGAGAGAUUAUCCUCAACUCCAGCAGUGCACAGAGAGACUGCAUAGUGUUAUCGAAACAUUUGAGAAGGGUUACAGACGUGCAACUGAAGGAUCCAGAGACGCAGGACGGUUUGGAAUAGCUGGAGUUGCUGCAAUGAUUGUGGGAUUACUGGCCCUGUUUACUCUAGGGACUUCUCUUCUUUCUACUGCUGUUACUGUCAUAGGUGCUUUGAAUAUCAUAGGCAGUGGAAUAUCAAGCAUAACAUGCAGCUCUGAGAAAAAGCGGCAGAUGACACAAUUAACACAAGACGCUGAAGCUGAACUGGAGGAAUUUCAGGAUAAAAUCACCCCUAUGGCUGAAAAGAUGACAGACAUUCAGAAGCGUACUGAGAAAAUACUGAACGAGCAAGAUGCCAUACGGAUAGAAGACAUUGCUGAAUUGACUGCGCAGAUUUCUGAAACUACACAUUUGAUUGCAUCAGUAACAGCAGUUUAUGGCAGGUUUGGCCUUGUGCUUGACAUGUUCUCAGUUUUUAAAAAUACCAGUGUGCUCAAUGACAUGAACAGACUUGCAGAAACAGCCAUACCUGGACACAUAGACGAAAGUGAGAUGACAUCAAAGGCUGGGAAACUCAUGGUUGAAAUGAGGAAAUUAAUUCAUCAGCUACAGAACAUCGUUGAUAAACUUGAGAAAACAAAAGACAAAAUAGUAAUUUACUAGGAUAAAAGUUACAACCUGACAA